AGUCUCUCUUGCUGUCAAAUUGUUUCUUAAAAAACACACCCACCUCGCAAUUUCUCUCUCCUAAGUCGAACGAACCCACUUCUUCGCAAUCGAUUAUUUUCUCUCUCUAAAUUCCCUCUCAAAUUACCUCAUUCAUUGCGAUUCUCUCACUUGCUGUUCCCUAUUCUCUCUCCUCUGACACACACGGCACCACCUUUCCUUUCCUCCUCUCUCUCUCUCCGUAAUCUCCUGCAUUUUUUGGUUUCCCCUGCUUCGCUCGCCACUUCCUCUCUCUAUAUUCUUUUAUUUUCUCUCUCUAACUUUUAUCUCCUAUUUUUUUCCUCCGCCUCCUCUUCCGGCCUAUCGGGCAAAGGCGAGUGCGCUGCUCGUACGAUCAGGCCAUGGCAUGGGGAUGUGCGCACCGGCUGCGGCAGCGUCGCCGAUACCGCCUCUGCCCAACUCCGGCGUACGGACAGUUUCGUGGCUUCGUCCGUACCUGGCGGACUCAUAAACUCAUCGUGCCCACUCUCUCUCUCUAACUUCCGACUCACGCCAAAUGACACGCUGCUCUGCUCCUCCCUCUCUCUCUCUCUCUCUCUAGACUCAGAGCUUUGUUCCUCUCUCUAGCUCUGGCUCUCUCUCUAGACUCAGAGCUUUGUUUCUCUCUCUAGCUCUGGCUCUCUCUCUUCGCUCGAUUUCUUGACUCGCUAUGGCCGUAACACGUGUUCUUUCUCUGCCAUUUCCUCUCUACUCUCUCUCUAGACUUUGGCUAUGCUUCUCUUUAGCUCUGCUGCCUUUAUUCUAUCUACCUCUGCCUCCUCUCUUUCUCUCUCUAGCUCUGGUUCCUUCUCUCUUUUUCUCUCUAGCUCAAGCUCCAUGACUAUUAACCCAUGGUUUCCUUCUUAAGCCACUGUUUAACGUUUAGUGCCUCUCUUGGUUCCUCUUCUCUCUCUCUAUCUUUCUCUCUGUUUUGCAAGAGGAGGAUAUUUGAUUGUUAAAUCGUUUCUUCCUAUCUCUGGUUAGUGUCUUAACACCUCUCUUUCUAUCUCUUUCUCUCUCUUCCUUGCUUACAUUGUCUUUUCGUACGCGCUCGUUCUCUCUUCUGUCUUUCUCUCUCUUGUUUCUACCACAUUGUUACUUAGGGGAUUUGCAUAGUGUCAUGGCGCGCUUGUUAUGGAGAGAGAAGAUGGAGGGUUUCACUGCAAUGGUGGUGCUCUUAGUGUUUUUACAGGCUCUCUCUGCUCAAUCAGACGAAGGGAGAGCUUUGCUAUCUCUGAAAGCGUCUUUCAGCGAUGUGGCCAACGUUCUUCUUGACUGGAAUGAGGAUUCCAUUGAUGACCAUUGUUCAUGGCGUGGGGUUUCUUGCGAUAACGUUACAUUCGACGUUGUUUCUCUGAAUCUUUCGAAUUUGAAUUUGGGUGGGGAGAUUGCACCAUCAAUCGGGGAUUUGAGGAACUUGCAGUCAAUUGAUUUCAAAGGCAAUCACUUAACCGGUCAGAUUCCUGACGAAAUCGGCAACUGUCAAUCCCUCAAGCUGCUGGACUUGUCAUCGAACGCUCUUUAUGGGGACAUCCCAUUCUCCAUCUCCAAGUUGAAGCAGCUUGAAGAACUAAUUUUGAAAAACAACCAGUUAACUGGCCCAAUACCUUCCACACUGUCGCAGAUCCCAAAUCUAAAGACAUUGGAUCUAGCACAGAAUCGGCUUAUUGGGGAUAUACCGAGAUUGAUAUAUUGGAAUGAAGUACUGCAAUAUCUGGGAUUACGAAGCAAUGUUUUGACAGGAACAUUGUCUCCUGAUAUGUGCCAGUUAACAGGGCUGUGGUACUUUGAUGUGAGGAGCAAUAACCUGACUGGAACAAUUCCGGACAGUAUUGGGAACUGUACCAGCUUUGAAAUAUUGGAUGUUUCGUACAAUCAAUUAACUGGUGAAAUUCCCUACAACAUUGGCUUUCUUCAAGUAGCUACAUUGUCUCUUCAGGGAAACAGGUUAAGUGGAAAGAUUCCUGAAGUGAUUGGCCUCAUGCAGGCUCUAGCUGUUCUGGAUUUAAGUGAGAAUGAAUUGGUUGGAACAAUCCCUCCAAUCCUUGGCAAUCUAAGUUACACUGGAAAAUUGUAUCUACACAGUAACAAACUUACGGGGCACAUACCACCAGAGCUGGGGAAUAUGACAAAACUUAGCUAUUUGCAAUUGAAUGAUAAUCAACUGGUUGGUGGGAUUCCUCCAGAACUAGGGAAGCUUGAAGAGUUAUUUGAGUUGAAUCUUGCCAAUAACUAUUUGGAAGGACCCAUACCUGAGAACAUAAGCUCCUGCACAGCCCUAAAUCAAUUCAAUGUUCAUGGAAAUUCUUUGAAUGGUACCAUCCCUUCUAAGUUUGAGAACUUGGAAUCCUUGACUUAUCUGAAUCUCUCAUCUAACAAAUUCAAAGGAACAAUUCCUGUAGAGCUGGGGCGCAUUGUGAAUCUUGAUACCCUGGAUCUCUCUGACAAUGACUUCUCUGGGUCAAUUCCAUCCUCUGUUGGUGAUCUUGAGCACCUUCUUGAAUUAAACUUGAGCAGGAACCGUCUUAAUGGGUAUGUGCCAUCCGAGUUUGGGAAUUUGAGAAGUGUUCAAGUCGUUGAUCUUUCUUGCAACAAAUUGGUGGGUGGGAUUCCUCCAGAGCUUGGUCAGUUGCAGAAUAUUGGCUCUUUGAUUCUGAAUAAUAAUCAACUGCAUGGAGAAAUACCUUCACAGUUGGCUAAUUGCUUCAGCCUUAAUACUUUGAAUCUCUCAUAUAAUAACCUAUCAGGGAGUGUACCAGAUUUGAAGAAUUUUUCGCAGUUUUCACCUGAAAGCUUCUUGGGAAACCCUUUGUUAUGUGGCAACUGGUAUGGAUCUUUCUGUGAGGUUUACGGCCGAGAUUCUAAAGUUGUGAUUCCAAGAGCUGCUGUUGUUUGUAUAACCUUGGGCUCCAUCGCACUGCUAGUCAUGGUUGUUGUUGCAAUUUACCGGUCGAUUCAGCCGAAGAAUUUCACAAAAGGAUCAAAGAUAACCACCCAAGGCAAGUUUCAAGGUCCCCCUAAGCUUGUAAUACUUCACAUGGACAUGGCUGUCUAUACCUAUGAAGACAUAAUGCGGUUUACUGAGAAUUUGAGUGAGAAGUUCAUUAUUGGCUAUGGGGCUAGCAGUACUGUUUACAAGUGCAUGCUGAAGAACUCCAAGCCAUUGGCCAUAAAGAGAAUUUACACUCAGUAUCCUCAUAACAUUCGUGAGUUUGAGACCGAACUUGUAACCAUUGGUAGCAUCCGGCACAGGAACGUUGUCAGCUUGCAUGCCUACUCUCUCUCCCCUCAUGGCAAUCUUCUCUUUUAUGACUAUAUGGAAAAUGGUUCUCUCUGGGAUCUCCUUCACGGGCCCUCAAAGAAGGUGAAACUGGAUUGGGAUGCUCGGCUAAAGAUAGCAGUAGGUGCUGCUCAGGGCCUUGCUUAUCUCCACCAUGACUGCAGCCCCAGGAUAAUUCACAGGGAUGUGAAGACCUCCAAUAUACUUUUGGAUGAGAACUUUGAAGCUCAUCUCUCUGAUUUUGGGAUUGCAAAAUGCAUUUCUUCUGCAAAAACUCAUGCCUCGACCUAUGUGAUGGGCACCAUUGGUUAUAUUGAUCCAGAAUAUGCUCGAACCUCAAGGCUGAAUGAGAAGUCUGACAUUUACAGCUUUGGGAUUGUUCUUUUGGAGCUGCUUACUGGGAAGAAGGCUGUUGACAAUGAGGCGAAUCUGCACCAACUGAUCCUAUCGAAAGCAGAUGAUAACACUGUAAUGGAGUCCGUGGAUUCAGAGGUAUCUGUGACCUGCACCGACCAUAAUCUUUUAAGGAAGACCUUCCAACUCGCCCUGCUCUGCACCAAGUGCCAGCCGUCAGAGAGACCCACAAUGCAAGAAGUCUCUCGAGUUCUUCUCUCCCUUCUUCCUCCUCCCCCUACCUCUACUACCAAGCCUUCCUCAACAUCAAGCAGGCUCGUUAUGACCUAUAGCCAAUACAUAGAUGAGUACUCUGAUGUUAAAAAAGAAGCUGUAGCCGGGAAUUUGACCCACAAUAGCACGACUGACCCUCAUUGGUUUGUGAGGUUUGGUGAAGUCAUCUCUCAAAACACUCUUUGACCAAUCCAUAGAAACCGAAUAGGGGUGGCUCACAGGUUUUGUUGAAGAUAUAGAGCUUUUGGCUAUAUAGGAUCUGAUGGGUAGAAAUUUUUGGUUUUUAUGUCGAAAUUUUACCUGUUGCUUUAACGUGGGGGUCUCGGAGUGUCACGGGUGGCCUUAAUCUGUUCUAAUUUUGUAGAAUUUACAGAUGAUUGAAACUCUAAUGACUUUUGUUAUUUUGGAGUACAUGAAAGAAAUUGAACUUGUUUGUAAUGAUCAAAUACAAGAAAGAAAAUUGUACUUGUCUGCGGAUCAAGUACAUGAAAGAAAUUCUGCUUGUU